AUGGGCGACGAAAUCACCAUCGACAAGCAGGCCUUCCACGAUCGCCUCUCCAGCUUCAUCUCACAGUGGACCGACAAGCGAUCGGGCGACACCGUCUUCGGUGGCGUCGGCUCCAUCGUCGUUCUUGUGGGAAAAGCAACAGACCAAGGAACAUACAACAAGAGCGCAGCAUUCCAGCUAUGGCUGCUAGGCUACGAGUUUCCCGCGACUCUAAUGGUGAUGACACCGGCGGGGUUGACUAUUGUUACGACGAAGAAAAAGGCGGCAUAUUUAGAGCCUUUGAAAGGUGGCAAGACGCCUGUUGAAGUUCUGGUGCGCGGCAAGGAUCCGGCGGAGAAUGCGAAGCAGUUUGAGAAGUGCCUGGACAUCAUCAAGAACGCGGGGAAGAAGGUCGGCGUUCUCCCAAAGGAUGUCCAGAGUGGGCCCUUUGCAGAGGAGUGGAAGAGGGCCUAUGGGGAUAUCUCGAAGGAUGUCGAGGAGGUUGAUGCGGCGGUGACUAUUUCAACCGCCGCGCUGUCCGUCAAAGACGAGAAGGAGCUGCGACAAAUCCGGGACGCUGCACGAGCGUCGAGCGGAGUCAUGGCGAACUACUUCUUGGACGAGAUGUCGGCUAUACUCGACGAAGACAAGAAAAUCACAAACAAGGCGCUGGCGGAGAAGGUGUCCAACAAGAUCGACGACGCAAAAUUCUUCCAGAAACUCAAAGUCUCCAGCAGUUUCGAUGCGAUGAACCUUGAUUGGAGUACUAUGCCGACGGUUCAGAGCGGUGGCCAGUAUGACAUCAAGUUCACCGCAGAGCCUACUGACAGCAAUCUGCAUCCAGGCGUCAUCAUAUGCGCGCUUGGACUGCGAUAUCAGUCCUACUCUUCGAUAAUCGCGCGAACAUAUCUCGUUGACCCGAACAAAUCGCAAGGGAGCAACUACAAGCUCCUCUUGCAGAUGCAUGAAACUGUACUUCGGACGAUCAAGGACGGCGUUACGGCAAAGGAGGUGUACACCAAGGCUCUGGGCGUGCUCAGGGCGAAGAAGCCGGAAUUGGAGAAGCAUUUCCCCAAGAACGUUGGUUAUGGCAUUGGUAUUGAGAGCCGCGACGGCACGCUCAUUAUCAGCGGCAAGAGCAACCGAACAUUGAAGGAUGGCAUGACCUUGAUGAUCACAACGGGCUUCAGCGAUCUGCCAAACCCCGAUCCGCAGGACAAGAAGAGCAACACCUACGCAUUAGCCAUUACCGACACAGUCCGCGUUACAACGGGUGAAACUGCAGUCUUCACCAAGGAUGCGCCUUCGGAUCCGGAGUCAGUGUCUUUCUUCUUCAAGGACGAUGAGGAGGCGGCUCCAAAAGCAAAGCCCAAGAAAGACGCGAAGGUGGGCGCGGUUGCGCAGAGCAACAUCACCAAGACAAGGCUUCGUACCGAUCGCAGCACGAAUCAGGAUGCCGAGAAGGACAAGCAGCGCCGGGAACACCAAAAAGAACUCCACCAGAAGAAACAGCAGCAGGGCCUGGAGCGCUACGGUGAGGGAACCGGCAAUCUCAAUGGCGUUGAAGAGAAGAAGUUCAAGCGGUUCGAGUCGUACAAGCGCGACAACCAGUUUCCUUCAAGGGUCAAGGACCUUACUAUCGUCGUGGAUGCCAAGGCCGCAACUGUCGUUUUACCUAUCAUGGGUCGCCCAGUACCAUUCCACAUUAACACCAUCAAGAACGCUAGUCACACGCCCGAGGGCGACGUUACCUCCCUCCGCAUCAACUUCCUCUCCCCCGGUCAGGGUGUUGGCAGAAAAGACGACCAGCCGUUUGAGGACCCGACCGCACACUUCGUCCGCAGCUUAACCUUCCGCUCCAAAGAUGUCGACCGCAUCGACGAAAUCACGCGCCAGAUCACCGACCUCAAGAAAGAAGUCGUGCGCCGCGAACAAGAGAAGAAACAGAUGGAGGACGUAGUCGAGCAAGACAAGCUCGUGACCGUCAAGAACCGUAACCCGCUCCGCCUCGACAUGAUCUUCCUGCGCCCCGCCCUCGACGGCAAACGCGUACCGGGCGAAGUCCAGAUCCACCAGAACGGUCUCCGCUAUGUUCAUGGCAAUGGCGGUGCACAAGUCGAUAUACUGUUCAGCAAUGUCAAACAUCUUUUCUUUCAGCCCUGCCAGCACGAGAUGAUCGUCAUCAUUCACGUUCAUCUCAUCAACCCGAUCAUGAUCGGCAAGAAGAAGACUAAAGACGUGCAGUUUGUGCGUGAGGCAACGAACGAGCAGUUUGAUGAGACGGGCGCCCGGAAGCGGAAGCACAGGUUUGGUGGCGACGAGGAUGAGUUCGAGGCCGAGCAGGAGGAGAGGAGGAGAAGGGUCCAGCUCGACAAGGAGUUCAAAAACUUUGCGGAGAAGAUUGCCGAUGCCGGCCGGAAUGAGGGACUGAGCGUCGACAUUCCAUUCCGCGAGCUGGGCUUCAACGGUGUGCCCUCGAGGAGCAGCGUUACGAUCCAGCCGACGACGGACUGUCUGGUGCAGUUGACUGAACCGCCGUUUUUGGUCAUCACGCUUGCGGAUAUUGAGAUAGUGCAUUUGGAGCGUGUUCAGUUCGGCCUCAAAAACUUCGACAUGGUCCUCGUCUUCAAAGACUUCAACCGCCCCCCCGCGCACAUCAACACCAUCCCCGUCGACUCCCUCGACGCAGUCAAAGACUGGCUCGACAGCGUCGAGAUCCCCUUCUCUGAAGGCCCGCUCAAUCUAAACUGGGCCACCAUCAUGAAGACCGUGACGUCCGACCCGCACGCCUUCUUCGCAGACGGCGGGUGGAAUUUCCUAGACGCCGAGAGCUCCGACGAGGGCGAACAAAGCGAGACCGAGGAGUCAGCGUUUGAGAUGAGCGACAGUGAGUUGGCGGAGAGUGAGAGUGAGAGCGAAGAUGAGAGCGAGUUCGAUGAGAAUGCGUCGGAGGAGGCGGAGGGGAGUGGCAGUGAGAGUGAGGAGGAGGGCGAGGAUUGGGAUGAGUUGGAGAAGAAGGCUAAGAGGAAGGACAAGGAGAGUGGGCUUGAUGAUGAGGAGAAAGGAAAGAAGAGGAAGCGGUAG